AUGGGUUCUUCGGAUUCGCAACUGCGGUCUCUUUUACGCACGCUUUUCCUUCUUUUCAUCGCCAUCUCCGUCUCUGACGCCUUGAGGUUCGACCUGAUUGCCGAUACGCACAGCGGGAAGCACGAGCGUUGUAUACGCAACUUUGUCAGUCGGGAACAGCUCGUUGUUGUUACAGCCACUGUGAGCGGGACCAAAGGAGAUGGACAGGUUGUGAAUAUGCAUAUCAAAGAUUCCCUAGGGAAUGAAUACGGUCGUCCUAAAGACGUAGUUGGCGAGACCCGACAGGCUUUUACUUCCCUCGGCGAUGCGUCUUUUGACGUCUGCUUCUCAAACGUCCUUUCUGGUCGACACUCUGGUGCCCUUCCUUUCCGUACCGUCGAGCUUGACGUUGACAUCGGUGCCGACGCACGAGACUGGGAUGCCAUCAAGGUCCAGGAGAAGCUGAAGCCUGUGGAGGCAGAUCUGCGGCACAUGGAAGCAUUGGUUGCUGAGAUUGUCACGGAGAUGGACUACCUGCGCUACAGAGAGCAGAAAUUGAGAGAUACAAACGAGAGUACGAAUGAGCGUGUGAAAUGGUUUGCGUACGGAACCAUGGAUCAAAGCAUCUUAUCUAAGUUGUACGAUUUCUUUACUUCGCUUCAGUGCUUAUACCCUUUAGCAAUGACCGGACUACAUAAAAGGUUUACACUCUGGCUAGAGGGCGAUGGUUUCGUGAACUGGUUUCUGUACUUUUUGCGUCUCACGGUGUCUUCAAGGCUGAUUCUCGUUUGUAUUGCUGCAGUAUCAAACCAAUCUAGCAGCUUCCAGCCACUAGCAGGUGGGUGCAAACAUGUCAAACACACCCGCCGCCGCCUAUUCGGCAAUGGCAGAAAUCGCGGCUUAGAGCAAGCUACAUUCACGGCAUCGCGACUCUUGAAUUUGAACAACCCGGACAAACAGACCAUCCAUAAGAUGAAUCACGCUCAGAGCUUGUGCCGCUACCUAGGAUGUCUGACCCCUACCAGGUUGCCGCUGCGGACAGGAAAAGUUACCAGAUCCGCUCUGAGAUAUGAGCAAUGCACCUUACACCACCGGAGCUUAUCCACAAGCAGUUAUUUAUUAAACAGCAAUGGACCGGUACGAUCAGGCUCCUCCCGCCGCACAGACAGCCAGUCGAAAAGCGGUAUUCCGAGAAAACAUGAAUUGGAGCUGGGUGAAAUGGAGGGCAUCACAUUUAAAGUUGAGCCGUUGAGGAGAACAGGGGAAGACGUGGCUACGAUGAGAGCGCGGUUAUUGUACCAAUCCCGCAAACGGGGAACCCUCGAGUCCGAUCUACUGCUGUCAACGUUUGCCGCUACAAACCUUUCCACCAUGUCCAAGUCCGAGUUGGAAGAGUAUGAUCGCUUUCUGGACGAGAAUGAUUGGGAUAUAUACUACUGGGCGACGCAAGAGCCGCCCACGCCUGGCACGGAGUCUGAAACCUCGGCGACGACCGGUGCAAGGCCAAAAGACACGGUGACGGAGACUUGGAAGAGCGGAGCUGCGAAGAGUGGCGAGUGGGCGCAGACGGUGGGUGCGUUUAAGCCGGCGUAUCGACCGGUGCCCGAGAGAUGGGCGAACAGUGAUGUUUUGAGGUUGUUGAGACAGCAUGUUCAGGAUAAGAGUGCACUGGGGGAUAAGAGUGGCGCCAAGGCAACGGGAGGGGGACUGGGAAGGAUGCCCAAUAUUGAGGUUUUUAAUUCAUGA